UAGAUUUUUCUAUAACCGUGUUAAAAAUGCAAUUUUUAGCACACCGUAGGAGCGUUAGGGUAAGGUGGGGUAAUACCGGACUGCGUUGUUUGUGCACGUAUCGGCAUAUUAUUGAAUUUCGCGCUCAUCACAGGCUGACCGUUAGACAUCUGAAUCUCAGUUCUCAGUUUAGUCGCUGCCACGUGCUUGCAAAGAGAGUUAUCACAAAAAUUACAAAAUUUAGUGUGUGAUUAUAUGAAUUAACUGAUUUUAAAGAUGCCGCGGAAUUAUAAAAGAGUCACCGAAAAAGCUUCGUGGAGAGAGGAGGAGUUGCAAGGAGCACUCCGUGCUAUACAGAAUGGUAUGUCGUUAAGAAAAGCUGCAAUAAAAUUUUCAAUUCCAAAAUCUACGUUACACGAACGACUUAAAAAUGGCACUGCCCCUUUUGGACCUUCCUUGGGCCGAAAGCCAGUUUUUUCAGUUGAAGCCGAAAAUGCACUUGCUGUUCAAAUUAAGAAGCUGGCAAAAGUUUUUUAUGGAAUAACUCCCCAGGAAGUACGAAGAUGUGCUUUUGGAUUUGCACAAUCAAACAACAUCCGAGUCCCCUUUAAUCAAGAAAGAAAAAUGGCUGGUAAAGACUGGGAAAGGGGCUUCAUAUCUCGUCACAAUAUUACGUUAAGGAAACCAGAAGCAACCAGCAUUAACAGAAUUACAGCUUUUAGUCGCAAUGAAGUUACCAUUUUUUUUAACAAUUUAUCCAGACUUAUGGAAAAAUAUGCAUUUUCACCCAAUAAAAUUUAUAAUUGCGAUGAAACUGGGGUCACUACUGUACAACGCCCACCAAAAAUAUAUGCAGAAAAAGGUCAGAAGCGUGUUGGAUUUGUUACAAGCUGGGAAAGGGGGAAAACAACCACAGCGAUGUGUGCCGUCAACGCUACAGGAACCUAUAUACCUCCCAUGUUUAUAUUUGCACGCCAAAGAAUGGCGUCCCAUCUUCAACGAAACGGUCCCCCAGGUGCCCUUUACACAUGCUCAAAAAAUGGGUGGAUUACAGUGGACAUAUUUCUUACUUGGUUACAACAUUUUCAAGCAUUUGUAAAAGCAUCCAAAGAAGAUCCAGUUCUUUUAAUCAUGGACAAUCAUAGCACUCACUGCACGUUACAAGCAUAUAAUUUUUGUAGAGAUAACGGUAUUGCUGUUCUGACAAUCCCUCCACAUUCAUCACAUCGCCUUCAGCCACUCGAUGUGAGCUUUUACUUUCCUCUAAAGACCGCAUUCAACUCUGAAUGUUCCAAAUAUUUGACCAGCCAUCCAGGGGAGAAAAUCACGCCUAGUGAGAUUGCUGAAUUAUUUAAUUUAGCAUUUAGUAGAGUGGCAACCCCGGAAAAGGCUAUCAAGGGAUUUAAAGAGACAGGUAUUUUCCCCUACAACCCUGACGUAUUCACAGAUGAAGAUUUUGCUCCUGCAGAAACCUUUCAAUCCACUGUUUCUGAUGCACUUCAAGAACCUACCCAAGCAGAAAAACUACUCAAAACAAAUGAGACUACCCCUGAAAAAAAUAGUAGUGUGAAUGAGACAGAAUUAAAAAAUGUUUCCUUUGCCGAGAUAAUUCCUCUACCAUCUUGUUCUCACGAAAAUGUUGUAAAGAGACAAAAUAAGGCAAACAAGCAACACUCUAUUGUAUUUACGUCAACACCGCUAAAAGAAGAGCUAGAAAAAAAAGAAGAGAAGAAAAAUAAAAAGACAACAAUCAAAUCAGAUAAGGCUAAAAGAAAUGUAUUUAUGACACAGGAGGGGUCUACAUUAAGACAAAAAUCAAAGCGAACAAAAAUUGCCUUAAACUAUAAAAUAUGUGAAGAAGGAGAAAGUGAGAUAGAGGAUGAUGACGAUGUUAGGGACAAGAACAUUACCGAAGACAUUUGCAUUUUGUGUGGAGAAUUUGGCAAGAACAGUGAACUUUGGCUAAGAUGUGUGUAUUGUGGUCAUUGGGCACACAAGGCAUGUUCUAACUCUCCAAAUGACAAAAAAUUUAUUUGCGACUUUUGUUUGUAAAAGGUGUCCGUCAUUACCCCAACAUAGAGGGUAAUACCGGACAGUGACAACUUUUUUUAUAUGUAUAUUUUUAAUUUUGUAUUGUAAUUUUAAAAAGUUUUUUUAAUCAAAAUUUGUAGACUAACAUGUGUUCUUCAUUUUUGCUUAGGUUUCAAAUUUUAAUGUCGUCUAAUAAUAAAAUAAAUUCUAAUUAUCUUUAA